UACCAUUUACUGCGGUGGCGUGGUUAACCUAAUCUCAGGAACAAACCCGGUUUUAGGGGGAGGGGAAGAGAGGCCUGACUAAAAGAGAGACCCACAGAAAGACCUUCCCACCUGAGUGAAGACGCUUUAGUCUGGACAACAGCACUCUCUCGAAGGCUAAAGUCCACUUUAAACGAGACAAAAACAGACCAUCGCCCUUCAUAAUUCAUCAUUAAUGUGAAAGAGCAUUCCAGAGGAUCAUACAAAUUUGAAGCUGGGCAGCGAAUCAAAGCUCUGGCACAACAAACCAUAAGAAAGACAGGGAUUUUGAAGGAGGGAGGGAGUAUCGACAAGGAGAGUCACAUUGACACAGGCUGUUGGAAUAUGAAGUCUCUUCCAAAGAACCAGGGACGAACCGAUCAGAUUUUGGGUGCUAUGGCGGAUAUGCUGACAUCUCUGGCGAUACCCAAUCAGAAGUGGAACUCGGAGGGUAUUGAGCACCUGAGUGUGAAGCAGGAACAGAAGACAGGACAACAACCCCCUUGGGACACAGAGGGACUGAACUGGGAUGAUAUGUCACAGGACAGCCUGGAAAGAGUCCGUAGAAGAGACAGAGCAAACUCAUACUCAGCAGCUGGCAGUGAGGGCAGUAUUUCCACCUCGGUGGCCUCUCUGCCGCCCCAGGCUUCGGGAAGUUCGGCCCCAAACUCCCCUGGCUCCCGUCGCUCUGUCAGCACCCUGAAGAAGUGGCUGACCAAUCCGGUGCGUAAGCUAAGCGCCGGGGCGACCGGAACAGUAAAGGGGGAGCGGCAGGUCCGCAAACUGGAUGGCAAACCACCGCCUCCACCCACCAGGAGCAGCCAAGACCUGGGCAGCCCGCAAACAACAGAGGAGCAGUUCACCAUCCUGCCAGUCAUAGACAAAGAGCUGGAGUGGAGAGAUGGCCUGCCUGCUCUCGGUGACUGCGAUCCUGGUAACCUGCAGUCCUACAGCUUCCAGUCAGACUCUCCACAGGGAUCCAUCACACUAGGACAUACACAGUUAUCCCCUCUGUGUGUGCAGUUCACCCAGUGCACCAGUCCACAGGCUGACGACAAUGGCUCCGCGUUGAUGGAUGACAACUCCAGCCAAUCAUCAGACACCAUAGACAGCGAAGAGGAUCGGAAGAGUGCCUUAGAAAAAAGCAUGUAUGUUCUGAAAGAAUUGAUAGAGACAGAAAAGCUGUAUGUAGCUGAUCUAGGACUUAUUGUGGAGGGCUACAUGGGCUCUAUGGUUGCUAAAGGAGUUCCAGAAGACAUGAAGGGAAAAGACAAAAUAGUGUUUGGGAAUAUUCAUCAGAUCUACGACUGGCACAAAGAUUAUUUCCUGGGUGAGCUGGAGAAAUGUGUGGCUGAGCCUGAACGACUGGCCCAACUUUUUAUCAAACAUGAAAGACGGCUUCACAUGUAUGUGGUUUAUUGCCAGAACAAACCUAAGUCUGAGCACAUCGUGUCAGAAUACAUCGAGACCUACUUUGAGGAACUGAAACAGCAGCUGGGUCACAGGCUGCAGCUGAAUGACCUGCUCAUCAAACCCGUGCAGAGGAUCAUGAAGUACCAGCUGCUACUGAAGGAUUUCCACAAGUACUACACAAAGGCUGGGAUGGACACUGAAGAGCUGGAGAAAGCAGUGGAGGUGAUGUGUUUUGUUCCGAAGCGCUGCAAUGACAUGAUGAACGUGGGUCGGCUGCAAGGCUUUGAGGGGAAGAUCACAGCACAAGGAAAACUUCUCCAGCAAGACACGUUCACAGUCACAGAGCAGGACAGCAGCUUCCUUUCCCGCACUAAGGAGAGACGGGUCUUCCUAUUUGAACAGCUUGUCAUCUUCAGUGAGCCAAUAGACAGGAAAAAGGGAUUUUCUCUACCUGGAUAUAUUUUUAAAAACAGCAUUAAGAUAAGUUGUCUGGGCCUGGAGACAUGUGUAGAAGGUGACCCUAAUCGUUUUGCCCUGACGUCUCGGGGGGCUGAUGGCAGCACGGUGCGAUUUGUCUUGCACUCCUUAUCGCAGGACAUCUGCAAGGCUUGGGUCAGCGACGUGAGUCAAAUACUGGAGUCCCAACGCAAUUUUCUCAAUGCCCUGCAGUCACCCAUUGAGUACCAGAGAAGGGAGAGCAAGAGCAACAGUUUGGGUCGUAGCAUGAAGCCUCCUCUGUCAGCAGUGGUUGGUCUAAGGCCUCAUUCCUCAGCAUCUAUCGACCGACACAAACUGCCCUGCCUGCGCUCCUGUAACACAUCAUUGCCCUCUCUCUACCUGCCCAGCCAGGUCCCCACUGAUGACCACUCACAGCCAGAGUCAACACAAGUCCCGCACUGUCCGGUGGACUCCAGACUGAAUUCCCAGACGGUGUCUCCAACUCACGUGCAGCUGGCCUUCUCUGAAGAGCCGUCAUUCUCCCAGGCACCUCUAAACUGCCAGGCGGUCUCCAAUGGACUGUGUUCCUCUAGCACGCAAGGCUCACAGAUCUCGGGAGAGGGUGGACGCAGAUCUUCAUCGAGAGAGGGACGCAUGGCUGUUCCUAGUCCCUCCUCCACUCUUCAGCGCCCCAGUAACUUGGCCCAGCUUGAUGAGGACGACCUGUGAAUGGAAAUGACCCUGAAUCUGAUGUUUGCACCAGAGCAUGCCACAGUCUGGACUUUAUUCACGUCUGUUAACUUGUGGUAGUCUUCCUGAACCCGUGACGUGAAUUUCCUAGUGACUUUUUUAAUUGUUUUACAUAAUUUCUGAUGGGUUUUUUUGUUGUUGUUGUUGUUGUUUGUUUUUUGUCUUUUUACUAAAGUUGUGUUUUGUUCAAAGGAGAAUCAACCAUUCCUAUAUUGGGAGGUCACUGGAGCAGGAACCAGAGUAAACCUUUAUUUGAGGGUGUGAGGAUGCGUUUGGGCAAGCGUGUAUGUAUGUAUGUUUUUGAGUGUGUGUUUGUGUGCUAAAUUCUGAUGGAUUCUUCAUCCUUGCAAACAUGCUGAACAUUUUCCAUCAGAUGUGUUUUGCAGAGAACACACUGUAUUAUUACAAACAUAAGAGAGUCCUUAGGGGGCUCACGCUGGAUUUCAAAGGUUUCGCACUAUCGGUGCCUCUUUACAGAAGCUGUCUUUCUCCCACCUAUAUUGAAUGCUCUCGUGGGCUGCGUAAACUCUUAUGAAGGAGCUAAGGGGAAACAGACUCUAAAUGCAGCUAAAUUUGUAUAUACCGUAUGUAGCGGAAUGAUCUGUGCAUGGAGACACGGACGCUUGACUUUUCUCUUCGCUGAUUGGGGGUUUGAAUUCUCUAAGAUCAAUAAACUCUGUUGGACAUAAGAGAUCACACAUUACGAGCAUUUGCCUUGUUGAGCAGGAGGACUCGCUCAAGAGAAGGACUGAAAGAUGGACAGCAUUUGUUAUUGCAGAAGAAGAUGCCGCAUCAUAUUUUUUUUAUCUGUGCUUUAAUGACCCGUUUUAGCUUCUGCCGCCCCCUCCUCAUUUGACGCACACUGCCUGGAUUACUCUGCAGGUCUCUCGAUACAAAAUGAGGUUUCCAAAUUAUAUUAGAUGAGGAUGAUAAUAAUUAUAAUAACAUUAUUAUUAUUGUUGUUGUUGUUAUUAACUUAAUGAAGGCCAAAGAUAAAAUGUUCUAUCAUUAUGUGCCAAACGCAGGUGCCAGUACCCUUUACAGAAAAGGAAUGAAUUAUUAUCAUUUUAUUAAGCGUAAAAUGUAAUUCAGUUUCAGAUCUAAAACACUUGCUUUAUUUUUGGGGAAAAUGUUCUCAUAAAAACUAAGGAAAAAGUUAAAGAUGUCUCUUUUCUCACUAAAGGUCAAAUGCAUUGUGUUUUGUUGUGUUGUUUUAUUUUUAUUUUUAAAAUGUAUUUGUUAAUGACAAACUGAAUCAUUAGUAAAAAAGAUUGGCAAUCGAGUCUAAAACAUACGGUUUGUCAUAAAAUGUUAGAUGCCUCGCCAAAGAAGGGAUGGAAUGUGUUCGGUAUUUGAUGUUAAAG